AAUUUGCAGCAUUGGUUGUCUCUCCCUCUCAUCAAAUUAGGUAUUUUUGUACAGAGCAUACGAACUACAAAUUCACAACUUCAAGGUUGCUCACAACAGUUCUUCCAUUAAAUUGUGAUCCAAGAUAGAUUCCCAUCGACGCCAAAGGUUCUAUACUGUAAUCAUAGAAACGGAUUUAUUUGUCUGCGUGUGAUUGAUCGUUCUUGAUACUCGGAGCUUGGUUCAUAAUUUUCUUCGAUGGAGGAGAAACAUCCGUCUUCUCCGACUAAUUCCCGAGCAAUCGAAACUUUGGCUUCCGAUUUUCCCGAGCUCCAUCCGGAUUCUAUUUCUGACAGUUCCCCUUCUCCUCUGGGCUAUCCAAAACUUGAUUCUUUUCGAGAGCAGUACAUUUCGUUAGGCCCCCCGUGUUCUUCAAGUGAAAAAAUUGUUGAACCUAGGGACAGUGAUUCUGAGUCACUCCAAAGCAUUGGGGAAGUGCAAAAAUCUUGUGAUCAGAACAGGGGAAAUUGCUUCUAUUACGACUCGCCUCUGUUGGAAGAUACUGGAGUCUGGAUACCCAUUUCUGUUCCACCCAUGUCUGAAACUGAUCAUGAAGAGUGGGCCAAAGGUUUUCACUUAAACGGCGGUUGCUUUCCUGAAAGCGAAUCAGGGUGGAGCCAGUGCUUUGAGGGAGAAAAAGAGUUGACAAUGUGGGAUGUGAUGGUAGAAAUGUUGCUUGCAGCUCGAGGAAAAGUUGGUUCGCUGGCUUCCACGAGUAACAAUGGGUGUAGGUUUUCAUGGAUAUCUAGCCAUCUUGUGGAGCAAGCUUUGAAUGAAUUGGCUCAUUCUCUUACUGAAGCAAAUUUUGGAAAUAUAAAGGAAAUUCUUGAAGCUGAGCCUCCUAGAUGGUUGUCUGAUAGUGCUGCUGCUUCUUGCAUGCUAUGUGGUGUGAAGUUUCAUCCAAUCAUGUGCUCCAGGCACCAUUGCCGAUUUUGUGGUGGAAUAUUUUGUGGGGGUUGCUCCAGAGGAAGGAGCUUGCUGCCUGUAAAAUUUCGUGUUGCAGAUCCACAACGAGUAUGCGAUGUAUGUAAUGUACGGCUUGAAUCUGUGCAACCAUAUUUAAUGGACAAAGUGAGUAACGCUGCACAGCUACCAACCCAAGACCUGACGGACCUUAGUACAUUAAGGUCAUGGUUAAACUUUCCUUGGGGACAGUCAAUGGAAUAUGAGAUCUAUAAAGCAACAAACACCAUUCGAGCUUAUAACAAGGUGGGUUCUUUAAAGCCUGAGAAGCUAAUUCCAGAUGCAAUUCUAGGACAAGCAAAAGGUCUAGCAAUUGUUACUGCGGUCAAAGUGGGAGCAGUGGUGACUUACAAUGUAGGAACGGGUCUCGUAGUUGCACGUAGAGAAGAUGGCUCGUGGUCUCCUCCAUCUGCAAUUUCAACUAUUGGUAUGGGCUGGGGAGCUCAGAUUGGAGGAGAACUGACCGACUUUAUAAUCGUCUUGCGGACAAUUGAUGCUGUCAAUGCAUUCAGUGGUCAUAUGCAUCUGGCAAUCGGGGCUGGCGUGAGCGCUGCAGUUGGAGUCAUCGGAAGGACAGCUGAAGCCGAUGUACGAGCUGGUGACGGUGGUUUUGGCUCCUGUUAUACAUAUAGUUGUAGUAAAGGUGCAUUUGUUGGAUGUUCACUAAAAGGAAGUAUUGUUACCACUCGAACACGAGAAAAUGCUCGAUUCUACGGCAAUCAGUCAAUAACUGCCAACGACAUUCUCCUCGGUUCACUCCCAAGACCACCUGCAGCUGCCAUUCUGUAUAGCGCUCUCGCCGAUCUAUAUCUGAAGAUUGAUAAAUGAUGAAGCUCGGCGUAAAUUAAUCAGCUUUAUCCACUUUAUGAGAAAAUUUCUGGAGUGUCAUUCAGCUGAACCAUUUGCUUGGUUAGGCACACAAACCUGUACAGUUCUUUACUAUCAUUCUUUGUUUCUGUAAAUAUUAUACCGUAAUCUAUUGUAUUGUGCCAUAAUGUACAGAAAAAAUGGGGCAAAGGUGUAAAACAAGUGGCCCAAGUAUUUUACAUGUAUAACUUUGACAUCCAGUUGAAUAAUAUAUGGCAAUGAAAUAUCCCUUUCA